AACUUAUUAAAAACCACAUUUUGGUUAUCGAACCAUCGAACCAACCUUAUCGCAGUCUUGCUAGAAGUUUGAAUGCCGAAUUUCAUCACGACGCAUCGCCGAUACGUUGCCUGGAGUCGACAUACGGCAGACCCAGCGCCGACAACGUCUCAGUCGUUUGUGAAUCGCGGCGCGGAUCGGUCGACCGACACUUGAGUAGCUCCCACACUGCGGCAAACAGAUUGAAAAUGCAACCGAAGAGCGCAUUGAAAGUCCUCCUGCUGGGCCUUGUUGCCCUGCAGCACUUGGAAGUUGGAGCUGGUUACCGUAUUCUGGCGCCCUUCUUCUUUCCCGGCAAAAGUCAUUUCAUGAUGACCGAUGCGAUCAUCAGAGAACUAGUUCAUAGAGGACAUGAGGUGACCUUCAUUACACCAUUUUCAUUGGCCAAGGAGAAACUGGGUGCGAACUACACAGAGAUUAUUAUACCUCAGUACAAUAUUUGGGGUGAAAUUUUGAGCACGAUCAAUGCCAAGUCAGCGUUGGACAUGACGGAUGUGGACACUAUCACAUUCCUCAAGCUUGCCCAUCAGAUGGGCUUAGGCAGCACGAACUUUGCCUUUGAGCAGAAGGAAGUCCAAGAUCUGAUCAAUGCCAAGGACAAAGUGGGCAAAUACGAUUUGCUUCUGGCCGAGCAGUUCUUCAACGAGGGCGCCCUCAUUCUGGGGCAUCUAUAUCAAAUACCAAUUAUUACCGUCACAACUUUCGGAUACGCCAACUAUCUGAGUUCCCUGACGGGCAUUAUCAAUCCCUGGUCGUAUGUGGCUCAUGGCUGGAAGCCCUACACAGAUUGCAUGUCACUUACAGAACGUAUUGACAGCGUCUUCUGUUCACUCGCAGAAGAAGUGAUGCGCUACUUCUGGUAUUAUUCUGCACAGGAUGAGAUAAUACAGAAGCAUCUAUCCAAGCAAUUCAAGGAUUUGCCAACAGUUAAACAACUGGAACGAAACAUCUCAGUCAUUCUGCUGAAUAGCUACAUGCCCUUGGAAGCCCCUAGACCCACAUCGUUCAAUAUGAUUCCCGUGGGUGGGCUACACAUAAAGCCUACCAAACCUUUACCCUCGAAUAUCAAAAAGUUCUUGGACGAUGCCAAGCAUGGAGCCAUCUACUUCAGUUUGGGUUCUCAAGUGCGUAGCGCGGAUUUCCCACCCGAGAAGAUCAAGAUGUUCCUUGGUGUGUUUGGAAGUCUUAAGCAACGCGUUCUCUGGAAGUUCGAGGAUGACAAACUGCCCAAUCUGCCUGCCAAUGUGAUGGUCCAGAAGUGGAUGCCCCAGACUGACAUACUCGACCAUCCGAACGUCAAGGUUUUCAUCUCCCAUGGAGGACUCUUCGGCACUCAGGAGGCGGUUCAUUAUGGGGUACCUGUACUCGGCAUGCCCGUCUACGCUGAUCAGCAUUUGAAUAUCAAGAAGGGAGAAGCUGCUGGCUAUGCGCUCAGCGUAAACUACCAUACAGUCACGGAGAAGGAGCUGCGCUAUGCGCUGACAGAGCUGCUGGAGAAUCCCAAGUAUAUGGAUAACAUGAAACGAGCCUCACGCAUCUUCCGCGAUCGUCCACUGAGUGCGAUGGAUACGGCCAUGUUCUGGAUCGAUUAUGUUAUCAAGCAUCGUGGAGCACCACACAUGGUGUCCGAGGGACUCAACCUGCCCUGGUAUCAGUUCUAUCUCCUAGACAUAGCGGGCAUUGCGUUGGCUUUGAUUUUGUUGCCCAUUUUGGCUCUGCUUCUUCUUUGCCGCCAGUUAAGGUCUGCGAAGAAGCCCAAACCAAAGUCCAAGCGACACUAGUAAUACGCCUUAUAGAAACUCCCAAACAUGUUUUAAGUAUGUUAAUUUCAUUGAAUAAAUUUGUAGACUUACAAAUUAAAAAGAG